AUGGCUUUGGACAUUUUGCCCGCGCCCCUUUGGCGCACUUUGCCUUGCGGCCAGAGCUGGCCGAGCCAGGAGUUGAUUUCGCGAUCUCGGCAAGAGGAUCCAGAGCGGCAAUGGAGAUCAGCAACAUCCGGGCUUUGUCUAGGAGGUGCCGCACUGCUUGGAGCCUCUUGCAAAAGACUACACCGCAGCCGCAACCGCGUUAGUCUUCAGGUGCGGCGACGGCAGCUUCCAAUCUUAGAAGAGAAGCAAGUGAUAGCGACAAAGCGACUUCCGCUCUGGCAGCUGUCCGACGAAAUGUACAUGGAGCGACAGCUUGCUCCCGAUCCUGAGCUUUCCUGGACCGAGGUACGCCGGGCUCAAGCACGGAUGAAAGAGCAAGUUAUUGCCCAGCAGUUCCGAGACUUCAAAAAGAUGGAGCGCGAGCUUGGCGGUUUCCGUCUCCAGCCGCAGUACCACAUAAGCGAGCUUCGUGCUGGUAUGUGGGUGGAGGGUCGUGUGUCGGCGACGCACGACAAGGGAGUGAUGGUAGACGUGGGUGCGUACACUGAAAGCGGGGAAUGGGUUGACGGCUUCCUGCACAUGGGCCAGAUCAAGGAUGACGGAGGCUACAUUCGCCAGGACAAGAUCAUGGAUUUCGUGCACUUGGGGGAAAACGUCCGAGUCAGAGUGGUGGAAUGUGUGCCAGCUACGGGCCUUCUGAGAUUAUCGAUGCGGAUUGAGGAGGAUUUGCCUGAACUAUUCCUGGGCAAGCCUAGACCCUACAGCAUCCAUGAUAUCGAAGAAGGGAUGAAGGUGACUGGCAUUGUUCGAAGAGUUUGGGACAAAUGGGCACUUGUGGAUAUUGGCUGCGACUGCUUGGCCCGGCUCCACGUACGAGAGCAUCCACGAGAGAGAAACGAGUACGGUUUCUACAAGUGGGACCGGCUGCACAAGUAUGCCUGGAGUGCUUUCACCCGCGGCGCUCAGCUUGAUCUUUGGGUCGAGAAGAUCAAAUAUCAGCGUCAGAUCACCUUGGUGGGCAACCGACCACCGUCUGUUAAAAUGGCUGACAAGGUGCGAGCAGCUCGCAUGACUGGUGCAAACUUCGUCAAAGGUCUUGACAAGAAAGAAGAGCGUAUGACGUUGGAGCAGCAGCGGGACCGGGAAAAGUCGGAGGCCGAGAAAGCACACUGGAGCCCCUACGUGCCACAUGUGGAUGAAUGGCUGGAAGAAGCGGCCGAGCCAGAUGAAGAAACUGACAGCUGGGUUGCAAGGACAGAGCGCGAGAUCUUCGAAGAGUUCAGGGAAGAGAACGGAGAAUCCUCUACGCAGGAGGCAGGCAUUGAUUUGGCGUCCAACUUUUUGGAUGAGGAGUUCGACGAGGCAGAUGACUUCGGCGAAGAUGAGUUUGCAGAAGACGACUUCGUGGACGAGUCCAACUAUGUAGCGGAUGAUGUGCCCUUGAGCUUCGGAGCUCCAGGAUUCGAGGACGAUGCUUGGGAGCUCAACGAUGGCCCCGAGCCCUCGCAAGAUGACAGCCUGCUUUACUGA